AGGACAUUUAUGUCCUGGGGAGGUGAUCUUCCCGGAUAGUCGUUGUUUUUGGAUCAUUUGAAGCAUUCCUGGGGGAAUGAUAGCGCCUUUUUUAACACAAAACAACCACAUCGUGUUAUCAGAUGUGUUUUAUUUUAUUUAAUGACUGCCAAGUGCGUCUUAUCUGUGUAUGACAAGCUUAUUGUGUGGCUUUGCGGCUUCUCUUCCGCAGAUGAGCGCCUUCACGCGAUUGCUGGCGAGGAGAGUGGAUUUACAGAGACAGUGUCGAUUCGUGCCACGACUUCUUCAGUGUGACAGAAACUUUUCCACAACCACCAUGAGCGGAGAUAAAUUUGACUUUCCCAAGCGAUACCGUGGGAGCUCCGAGAGUGUCUGGGUUGAAUACAUCCAGCUGGCUCUCCAGCAUAAGCCUCUGAAUCUGGGUCAGGGCUUCCCAGACUACCCACCACCGUCGUACGUCAUGGAAGCCCUCCAGACAGCUGCCUCAUCCAAUCCAAUGCUAAUGCAGUACACCCGUGGAUUUGGGCAUCCGCGACUUGUGACGCAGCUUAAGAAACUCUACUCAGGACUCGUGGGGCACGACUUGAAUGAGCAGACGGAGAUUCUUGUCACAGUGGGUGCAUAUGAGGCUCUAUUCUGCAUUAUGCAGGGACAUGUGGAUGAUGGCGAUGAAGUGAUCAUCAUUGAACCCUUCUUUGAUUGCUACGAGCCAAUGGUCAAGGCUGCUGGUGGUGUUCCGCGAUUUAUUCCGCUUAAACCGGCAAAAUCUGGAGGGGAAAUUAGCGCCGGUGACUGGGUGCUGGAUGAGAAGGAACUCGAGGGUUUAUUCAAUAGCAAAACAAAGGCCAUCAUCCUCAACACACCACACAAUCCCUUAGGCAAGGUAUUCACUCGGCAGGAGUUGGAGGUGAUUGCGAAUCUUUGCAAGAAAUGGAAUGUCCUCUGUAUCGCAGAUGAGGUCUAUGAAUGGAUGGUGUUUGAACCGUAUGAGCACAUCCGCAUCUGUACACUUCCUGGUAUGUGGGAGCGCACGGUAACUGUUGGAUCGGCUGGAAAGACAUUCUCAGUGACCGGCUGGAAAAUAGGAUGGGCAUACGGACCGGCAAAUUUAAUGAAGAAUGUGCAGAUGGUGCAUCAGAAUUGCACCUACACGUGCGCAACUCCAAUCCAGGAGGCUAUUGCCAUUGGAUUCGAGAAGGAAUUGGCACGGAUGGACUCACCAGAGUGCUAUUUCUACUCAAUUCGAGGUGAAUUGGUGGCUAAGAGGGACUACAUGGCGCAAUUUCUCAAGGAAAUCGGAAUGAAUCCAACUGUGCCCCAAGGAGGCUACUUUAUGAUUGCUGAUUGGUCACCACUUGUGGAUAAAGUAGAUAUGUCCAGUGAGAGGGAUCCACAGAAAGAUUAUCGUUUCACAAAGUGGAUGACUAAGAAGGUGGGACUUCAGGGCAUUCCACCAUCGGCCUUCUAUAGUGCACCCAAUAAGCACCUAGGAGAGAACUUUGUGCGCUACUGCUACUUCAAGAAGGAUGAAAAUCUCGCUCAAGCUGCUGAAAUCUUAAGAAGAUGGAAGCAGCACAAGUUGUGAACAUCAGACAACAACAAUCGGUCUCUUGUACAUGAAUUUUUCUAAUUUUGACCAUUUAUUUUUGGUGCAUUAUACCCAGUUUAAAUACAUUUCACAAACUGCUGGCUGGAAAACUCUCUACACAUAACCUCAAUGUUGCUCUCCUGGUUACAUAACAUCUACCUAAUCCUCCCAUACGGACUUGAGGGCCAGCUCGGGGGUAUUGUACCCUAGCUCCUCAGGGGUAUUGAUGCCCAAUUCAUCGAGGGUUGGUCGGAUCUCGGAGAGGAGGUAGGGGUAGAUUUCUGGUUUCUUGGGGCCGCACUUGUCAAUCACACCCUCAAGCCACCUAAUGGCAAGUGCAAAGUCAUUCACGCGUCUGCAGGCCUUAAGUCCCGCAAUAAUGAUCUUGGGCUCUGGCACUAAAUCCAUGCCCAAGAUGUCGUUCAUCCCCUUCCGGAGUUGCCAACCAUCGAUGUCGGGACGACUGAAGUAGGCCUCGUAGCGAGCAUCAAAUUCCUCAUCGGUCUCCACGGGGCCUCCAUGGCUCUGACGCACAGCCGCAACUGCACCAAGACGGGGCACAGUGAGCCCCAUGGAGCCACGAGCCACCUUCACGAGCUGAGUAGCCGCUGAACGGAACAUCUCUG